UUUUGUUGCUGCCAUCGUCGUCGUUUGUCGGUGCUGUUUGUUGGUGCGCGGGGUUUUUUAUUUUGUGCUAGCUUUAAAUUGGAAUACAAAUUUGUUAAGCAGCCGUUGCAAGAAUUUCAAAAAUACCCACAAAGAUUUCACUCUAAUCUGUCGCUAAUUUUUCGACCACAAUUUACCAUUUGUGAAUGCAGAAAAGCCGAAUACGCAUCGAGUUCGCGUCAAACACAUACAUACAUAAAAAACACACAAUAUUUAAAUUCUGCCACCUACAAUUGAUAUACCCAAAAUACACGUGAAUUGCGAAUGCAUACAAGAAAGAUACAAAUAGAAAAAAAUCUAAGCAGAAGAAAAAAAAUUGUUAGUGAAGAAGUGUGUGUGUGUUAGUAAAGUAAAGUGAAGUGAGGUGAAGUGAAGGGGAAGGCAGAAUAAGUAGUGGUGACCUGUGCGCCUGUAGUUGUUGUCUUUUCCAUCCGUGUGUGUUACCCUCCCCCAUUUUGCAGGCGCUUGUGUGAAGAGCAUAGCAGUAUCUCACGCUAUGGGUAAACAAAAAAUCUACUGUGCGAAAUGCACAAAGAAAUGCUCCGGGGAAGUACUGCGCGUGGCCGACAAUCAUUUCCACAAGGCGUGCUUCCAGUGCUGCCAGUGCAAGAAGUCGCUCGCCCAAGGCGGUUUCUUUACAAAGGAUGGCUCCUACUUUUGCAUACCGGACUAUCAGCGUCUGUAUGGCACCAAGUGCGCCACCUGCCAGCAGUAUGUGGAGGGCGAGGUGGUCAGCACCAUGGGCAAGACGUACCAUCAGAAAUGCUUCACGUGCAGCAAAUGCCAGCAGCCCUUCAAGUCAGGCAGCAAGGUGACCAACACUGGCAAGGAGGUGCUCUGCGAGCAUUGUGUCUCCGGCGGCACAGCGCCCGCCUCACCGGCACGCCAAUCGGCCGUCACGUCGCCCGCCCCGCCAGCGGAGAGUCCCACACGGGCGACGGCGCAUCAGAAUGUGACGAGCGGCGUGCUGUCGCAUAAGGCGCAUCUGAAGGAGGAUUACGAUCCGAACGAUUGCGCCGGCUGCGGUGAGCUGCUGAAGGAGGGCCAGGCGCUGGUCGCCCUGGAUCGGCAAUGGCACGUGUGGUGUUUCCGUUGCAAGGCAUGCAAUGCGGUGCUCAAUGGCGAGUAUAUGGGCAAGGAUGCGGUGCCGUAUUGCGAGAAGUGCUACCAGAAGAGCUUUGGCGUUAAAUGCGCCUACUGCAAUCGCUUCAUCAGUGGCAAGGUGCUGCAGGCUGGCGACAACCAUCACUUCCAUCCGACGUGCGCACGCUGCACCAAGUGCGGCGAUCCGUUUGGCGAUGGCGAGGAAAUGUACCUGCAGGGCAGCGCCAUUUGGCAUCCACGCUGCGGUCCAGGUCCAUCCGAGUCUGGCAUUAUACUCAAUGGCGGCGGUGGUGUUGGUGGCAGACCAGGCACCACCACAUCGGUCACCGGUGGCGCCUCCAAUGGCAAUUUCACAGACACCGAAUGCGACCGCAUGAGCUCCAGUGCGCUCAGCGACAUGUACAUCCGUUCCAGAACACCGAGUUUAAAUGGUUCACUUUAUUCCUCUAGCCGCAAGCACUAUCGCACGGUCAGUCCGGGGCUGAUAUUGCGCGAAUAUGGCAGACCGAUUGGCGAGGAUAUAUCACGCAUCUAUACCUAUAGCUAUCUGACAGACGCGCCCCACUAUCUGCGCAAGCCGAUCGAUCCCUAUGACAAGACGCCAUUGUCGCCGCAUUUCCAUCGGCCCGCCUCCUAUGCGACAACGAGCAAUGCGGGCUCCGUUGCCGGAAGUCGUCCGCCAUCACGGCCCCAUUCGCGUACGCGCAGUGCCAUGAAGGUGCUGGUGGAUGCCAUACGAUCGGAGACGCCACGUCCCAAAAGUCCGGGCAUGAACAACGAGGAACCCAUUGAGCUGUCGCAUUAUCCGGCAGCCAAGAAGCCGCCACCAGGCGAACAGCCCAAGAUCGAAAGAGAUGAUUUCCCAGCACCACCCUAUCCCUACACGGAUCCCGAGCGCCGACGACGCUACAGCGACACCUACAAGGGUGUCCCAGUCUCCGAUGAUGACGAGGACAUCGAAAAUGGCAAGCGAACCAACGGAAAGGUCAAGAAUGGCGAGGAGCAGACACGCCUGCAUCGUGAGGCUGAGCAGCUGGAGAAACUCAAUUCGGGCAUUGGUUCGGUCAUUGCCAAGGACCUCAAGGAGCAUGCCAAGUACAGAAAAUGGAAGCAAAACAAUCUGGAUCCACGCAAUGCAUCGCGCACGCCCUCAGCCUCCAAGGAGCCGCUCUACAAGUUGAGAUACGAAUCGCCCAUUGGUGCAUCGCCAUCUCGCCAUUUGGAUCACCAGAAGCCCUUCUAUGAGGAUGAGAUGUUUGAUCGAUCCACCAGCUAUCGCGGCUCCCUGGGCAAAUCGCUGGGCAAUGCGCCCAGCUACAAUGCCAUACAUUCCUAUCGCUCGCCGCCCAAGCCCGGAUACGGAUUCAAAACGACCACCUUGCCGCCUUACAUACGCAACGGCUACAGCUCCGACUUUUCUUAUGGAGGCCUCGGCGACAAAACGCACAGCACAGAUCUAAGCUGCGGCAAAUCAGAGGCUUCGGUCGACUCAAUUACUGAGGGCGAUAGGCGCGCUUUGAUGGGCGGUGAUUUGCCCGCCUCGAGCACAUAUUCGGGCGCUUUGUCGUAUCAUUAUCCGCAGGCUGGACUCAUACGACGCAGCCUGCCAAAUAUGGCGCACUCGAUGCUGGUGCACGAACCGGCCAAAAUCUAUCCGUAUCACAUAUUGCUUAUAACGAACUAUCGUCUACCAUCGGAUGUUGAUCGCUGCAACCUGGAGCGUCAUUUGUCAGACAUCGAGUUCGAGCACAUUUUGCAGUGCGUCCGAUCGGAAUUCUAUCGGCUGCCCCAGUGGAGACGCAACGAGCUGAAGCGACGCGUGAAGCUCUUUUAAAUGGUGCACCGCUCUUAUCCACAGCGGCUGCUUGCGACGAAACCAAAUUGAAAACAAAUACCUAUACUUUUGAAGGUUCUUCACUAUUAAACAAUGGCAGCAAUAAUAACAAAACAGAAAACAAAAGAAAAAAAAACACAGAAGAAAAACUAUGCUAAUUUCACAGCCAGUUUUUUGAAACACGCUUUAAAUAUAUAGUUGAAACAAAAAAAAAAUAUAACUAAAAACAAACAACAAAACAAGAAAAGAAAAGGAACGAUAUAGUUACAUUUGAAGUAUGGACCGCGCCACUGGCAGUUCCAGUUUAUUUUUUUAAGCAUUAGUUGCGCUGAUAACUAUUUAAAUUCUAUAAGAAAACCAAAAAAAAAAAACAACAACAACAAACAAGCUACAAACUAAGCCUCGGCAUGCCGAAGCUUAAAUACCCUGGCAGAGAGAGCUACUAGACAUAAGCAUUUAAUAAGUCUGCUAUUAAAGUCCGGAUAUUGUUCGACUCGACUUUAAACUAAUUAACUAAUUAAUCCCAACUGAUGGGCCAGUCUAUGGUAAUGUGACUCUGCAAGGGUGAGGGAAUAAAAAUGUAUACAAAUUGCAAUUAGUUAAAACACUUUGGCCAGUCAAGGUAUUAUCUUGCAUGAAAGCUUUUUAUAAAACUACAGCGGCUAAUCCAAUGAGAAAUGCAUCAAAGAAUGAGAAAUGAAUGUACCUACUUACAACAAAUUCAACAAGCAACAUAAUUAGAUGUCUGUUUGUGUGUCUAUGUGUGUGUAUGUGUGUGUGUGCGUGUGUGUGGGUGUGUUGCAUUCAAUAUAUACAUACGCGCUAAACACUGCAAGUUUUAUUUAUUAAUAUAUAUAUUUUAUUUAUUUAAAUAGAAUAUGUCAAAGAAUAAACAAGAUAUAAUAAAGCAGGACAAACCGAAGCAAUA